UUUCACCUGACCCCUUGCACACAAGUAGGCGGGACCUGAGGAUGUGUCGGGAUUGGCAGGAUAUAGCUAUCUUGACCACACUCUCUUUCCUGGCGCCCGCCAGAACAUGUGUUCUACUGCACCUUGAAUCUGAAUAAAGAAGCCAGCAUCUGAUCCAAAUAUAAGUAAAUAAAGACCAUGGCUUCAGUCACUACUGACCAAGAUGUGGAUUCAACUGGUGCAGCCGUGGGUGAAGCAAAAAGCAAACUCCAAGAGAUGAAAGAAAAGUGGAAGAUACUAAAGUCACUGAACAACGAUCUGCAAGAGGCCCUGGAGAAAUCAGAUACAGAAGUGCAGGAACUGACGCAGAAGCUGGCAUCACUGCAUGAAGAAAACAAGGGCCUGCAAAGAGAAAAAGCCAAAUUCCUGGAUCUAACAGAAGAGGUAGACCAGAUGAAGCUGAGCCUGGAGCAUUGUAAGAAUACUGAGCAUACAGAACAGCAAGGGAAGAAGGAACUGGAGAAAAUAUGUAUUCUAAUGGAAGACAAAGCAGAUGAGCUCUUAUACCAGAUAAGUAUCUCUGAAGAGAAGAAUGAUUUAUUACGUGAUGAGAUCACCAGGCUGAAGGAACACGUCAUAGAACUAGAGAGACAUCUUGAUGCAAAGAGUCUGGAGCUGAGAGAAAUGGACAAGAAAUCUCAAGAGACAGAAUUGGUCAUAGAAGAGAUGACUGUGACAAUGAACCAGUACUUAUCCAUUAAAGAGGUCCUAAACAAUAAAAUUAAACAAUUAACGUCCCAGUUGGAAGAAUCUCAACAUGAAAAUGCAAUGAGGAAGGCAUCAAUAGAGAAUGAUCUUUGUAGCAAGUCAGAAGCCAAUGGUACAAUAAUGUACGAGAUGAUACAGAACAAGCUGGAGCAACAGCUUAUAAAAGAGCAUAUGGAGAAGCAGAAUCAGGGUAUUCAAGAUUUUUUCAUGAUAAGGUUUCUGCUUAACAUAGCUCUGGAGUUCCUAUGGUGUUGUUAUAGUGUUGAGGUUUUCCUUAUCCUCUUCUACUUUAUGAUGAGAUUCUACCAUAGUAUAUACCCUGAUCAUCUACUACUAGAUGUACGUAGAAUUUUCUCCUCACCAACCAUUGAGAUAAUAGAGAACAUUUUACAACCUUUUCUGGAGCUGAGAAGAGUCGGGAUGGCGCCUACAUGAGAAGUUUGAUAGAACUAUUAUACUGAUCCAAAAAAUAAAUGAUUGAUA